CUGAAGGAAGCAGCUCAGAAGAGGAAAGGAAAGGAGCCAGGCAUGGCUCUUCCUCAGGGACGCUUGACUUUCAGGGAUGUGGCUAUAGAAUUCUCACUGGCGGAGUGGAAAUUCCUGAACCCUUCGCAGAGGGCUUUAUACAGGGAAGUGAUGUUGGAGAACUACAGGAACCUGGAGGCUGUGGAUAUCUCUUCCAAAUGCAUGAUGAAGGAGGUCUUGUCAACAGGGCAAGGCAAUUCAGAAGUGUUCUACACAGGGACAUUGCAAAGGCAUGAAAGUCACCACGUUGGAGGUUUUUGCUUCCAGGAAAUUGAAAAAGAAAUUCAUGACAUUGAGUUUCAGUGUCAAGAAGAUGAAAGAAAUGGCCAUGAAGUAUCCAUGAGAAAAAUAAAAAUGUUGACUGGUAGUACAGACCGAUAUGAUCAAAGGCAUGCUGGAAACAAGCCUGUUAACGAUCAGCUUGGAUCAAGCUUUUAUUCACAUCUGCCUGAACUGCACAUAUUUCAGAUCAAAGGUAAAAUUGGUAAUCAACUUGAGAAGUCUACCACUGAUUCUCCCUCGGUCUCAACAUCCCAGAGCAUUUCUUGUAGGCCCCAAAUCCGUAUUUCUAAUUACUAUGGGAAUAAUCCCCCAAAUUCUUCAUUACUCACACAAAAAGAGGAAGUACACAUGAGAGAAAAAUCUUUCCCAUGUGAUGAGAGUGGCAAAGCCUUUAAUUGUAGCUCACUCUUAAGGAAACACCAGAUAAUCCAUUUAGGAGACAAACAAUAUAAAUGUGAUGUAUGUGGCAAGCUCUUUAAUCACAAGCAAUACCUUGCAUGCCAUUAUAGAUGUCACACUGGUGAGAAACCUUACAAGUGUAAUGAGUGUGGCAAGUCCUUCAGUCAGACGUCAUCCCUUACAUGCCAUCGUAGACUUCAUACUGGAGUAAAACCUUACAAGUGUAAUGAGUGUGGCAAGAUCUUUCGUCAAAAUUCAGCCCUUGUAGUUCAUAAGGCAAUUCAUACUGGAGAGAAACCUUACAAGUGUAAUGAAUGUGGCAAGGCUUUUAAUCAACAAUCACACCUUUCACGUCAUCAAAGACUUCAUACUGGAGUGAAACCUUACAAAUGUAAGAUUUGUGACAAGGCUUUCGCGUGUCAUUCCUAUCUGGCAAACCAUACUAGAAUUCAUAGUGGAGAGAAAACUUACAAGUGUAAUGAGUGUGGUAAGGCUUUUAAUCAUCAAUCAAGCCUUGCACGUCAUCAUAUACUUCAUACUGGAGAGAAACCUUACAAAUGUGAAGAAUGUGACAAAGUUUUCAAUCAGAAAUCAACCCUUGAGAGACAUAAGAGAAUUCAUACUGGAGAGAAACCAUACAAAUGUAAGGUUUGUGACACAGCUUUCACGUGUAAUUCACAGCUGGCACGACAUAGAAGAAUUCACACUGGAGAGAAAACUUACAAGUGUAAUGAGUGUCACAAGACCUUCAGCCGCAGGUCAUCCCUUCUGUGCCAUCGUAGACUUCAUAGUGGCGAGAAACCUUACAAGUGUAAUGAGUGUGGCAAUACCUUCCAUCACCGGGCAUCCCUUAUAUACCAUCGUAGACUUCAUACUCUAGAGAAAUCUUACAAAUGUACGGUUUGUGACAAGGCUUUCAUGCGUAAUUCAGUCCUGGCCGUACAUAUUAGAAUUCACACUGCAAGGAAACCUUACAAGUGUAAUGAAUGUGGGAAGGCUUUUAAUCAACAGUCACAUCUUGCACGUCAUCAUAGACUUCAUACUGGAGAGAAACCUUACAAAUGUGAAGCAUGUGACAAAGUUUUCAGUCAGAAAUCAGCUCUUGAGUCACAUAAGAGAAUUCAUACUGGAGAGAAACCAUACAAAUGUCAGGUUUGUGACACCGCUUUCACGUGGAAUUCACAGCUGGCACGACAUACAAGAAUUCACACUGGAGAAAAAACUUACAAGUGUAAUGAGUGUGGGAAGACCUUCAGUUACAAGUCAUCCCUUGUAUGGCAUCGUAGACUUCAUGGUGGAGAGAAAUCUUACAAAUGUAAGGUUUGUGACAAGGCUUUCGUGUGUCGUUCCUAUGUGGCAAAACAUACUAGAAUUCAUAGUGGAACGAAACCUUACAAGUGUAAUGAGUGCAGCAAGACCUUCAGUAACAGGUCAUCCCUUGUAUGCCAUCGUAGAGUUCAUAGUGGUGAGAAACCUUACAAGUGUAAUGAGUGCAGCAAGACCUUCAGUCAGAAGGCAACCCUUCUAUGCCAUCGUAGACUUCACAGUGGUGAGAAACCUUACAAGUGUAAUGACUGUGGCAAUACCUUCCGUCACUGGUCAUCCCUUGUAUACCAUCGUAGACUUCAUACUGGAGAGAAAUCUUACAAAUGCACGAUUUGUGACAAGGCUUUCGUGCGUAAUUCAUACCUGGCAAGACAUACUAGAAUUCACACUGCAGAGAAACCUUACAAGUGUAAUGAAUGUGGGAAGGCUUUUAAUGAACAAUCACACCUUUCACGUCAUCAUAGAAUUCAUACUGGAGAGAAACCUUACAAAUGUGAAGCAUGUGACAAAGUUUUCAGUCGCAAAUCACACCUUAAUAGACAUAGGAGAAUUCAUACUGGAGAGAAACCUUACAAGUGUAAUGAGUGUGGCAAAGCCUUUAGUGACCGGUCAACACUUACUCACCAUCAGGCAGUUCAUGGUGUAGGGAAAUUUGAUUAAUAUAAUGAUUGUCACAAAGUCUUCAGUAAUGCUACAACGAUUGCAAAUCAUUGGAGAAUCCAUAAUGAAGAGAGAUCUUCCGAGUGUAAUAAUGUGGCAAGUUUUUCAGACAUCAUUCAUACAUUGCAGUUCAUUGGCAACCUCAUACUGGAGAGAAACCUUACAAAUGUCAUGACUGUGGCAAGGUCUUCAGUCAAGCUUCAUCCUAUGCAAAACAUAGGAGACUUCAUACAGGAGAGAAACCUCACAAGUGUGGUGAUUGUGGCAAAGCCUUUACUUCACAUUCACACCUCAUUAGACAUCAGAGAAUCCCUACUGGACAGAAAUCUUACAAAUGUCAUAAGUGUGGCAAGGUCUUCAGUCCGAGGUCACUCCUUGCAGAACAUCAGAAAAUUCAUUUUUGAGAUGACUGUUCCCAAUGCAAUGAGUAUAGCAAACCAUCAAGCAUUAAUUGAUAUUAGAGUCAAUCCAGUAUUGACUUGAGUUUGUGUUGACUUAAUACUGAGUUCAAGCCUUAAUUGACAUUCAAGUGUUUAUGUUAAGAGGAUGGGGCCAGGUGUGGUGGCUCAGGUCUGUAAUCCCAGCACAUUGGGAGGCCAAGGCACAUAGGUCACUUGAGGUCAGAAGUUUGAAACCAGCAUGGCCAACAGAUGUCGGCCACUUUUCCCAUCCUGUUUUUUGUUUCUUAUUAUUUAUUUAU